GAGCCAAAGAAGAACCCUACCGUCGCUCCGAAGCACGGAGGACGGGAGAGGGCGCCGCAAAGGACCAGCGGACCAGCUCGAGACCUCGGCCUCGAGACGAGAGGGACAUCCAAACGGGCGAGUUAUAGAAUCUGAGACACAUACCUCGCGAUGGCGAAAUUUCAAGUGGGGUGGUAUCGGUUCGUACCGUUUCUGGGUUAUCAUCAUGUAUUGAUGAUUCUCAUUGCCAUUACAAUAAUACUACUAUCCCUCCUGCUUGCUGGCUGUUCAUCAUCAUCGCCGCUCAUCCCAAAUAUCUUCCUCCUGUCCAUGUACUACGAAAGAUACGAAGCCGUUCCCAGCACAGCGCAGGUCGACUACAACGUGCACAACGCCAUUGGCAACAUCGUCGGGGGCGCCCGUCUCGCCACCCGUGUUGGAUACUUUGGCAUCUGCAUCAGCCCCGAUGGCGGCAGCUGGCUCUGCAGUAACAAUGCGACUUCUCUCGCCAAUGAAAUCUCCGUCGACCAGGACCCUCUCAAUCUCAUCUGGCUCGCCAGCGAAUUCAAGGACAUGGUCGUCUUCCCCUAUUUGAUCAUCAUCGCCAUCAUCUUCGCCUUCAUCUGCUUCCUCCUCCUCGCCACUUUCCCCGGCUGGCACGAAGAAGAAGCCUCGGAAGGCUCCGACCGUGACCGCGAAGUGAAGCCCUUCCCCUCUCGACCCGUCUCCCAGGUUGCCCUCGCCAUCAUCUUCAUCGCUUCCAUCUUCAUCCUCGUCUCCGUGCUGUGGCAACACACUGCCUCCGUCGGCGCUUCCGUCAUAGCCCAGGACUUCGCCAACGGUUCCGUCCGUGCCGGCGUCGGGACAUCUGCCAUGGUCCUCGGCUGGUUCAGCUUCGCUCUCCUCAUCAUCGUCACCAUCGGCCUGCUCGUCAUGAUCCUGUCCAUCCGCGUCCUCACCCAAAUGGUCAACGGGUGAUAGGAGGAGGAUGGUGGAAGAGCCGGACCGAGGGUUGGGGGAUUCUUCCCAGAGCAAUGACUGUACGAACAUUGAGCGAGAAAAAGAAACACCGCAAGGACGAGAAGGACGUGCUUUGCUGAGACUAUACAGCGGAGGCCCGGGGGCGGUUGCCAGCAUGUUGCGAGCCAUCGUUUUUCUGUAUCAUGGAGCGACAAUCCGUUAAGAAGGGGGAAGCGUGUUGAAAGGACGACGACUACGAUGACAAGCGGCUGGCGACCUUUUGAAACCCACCGGAGUUUUGCAUCGACUAUUUUGCAUCUUC